AUGGCGGCGGGCUUCCAAUCCCCGCCCCAGCACAGCCAGCCCACCAAUCGCCGUGAAGGACGGCCCAGGGGCGGGUACCUCGGCCAGCGGAUAGGCCCUGCUCGGAGCCGCGGAGCUGGUUGGGCGCUUGUGCGCCUGUGCGAACGGCGGAGGCCACGCCUCUUCCGGCCGCGAGCCUGGCUCUGGGUAUACUUCAGAACUAGUAUCCUUCUAGCAAGUGGGUUAGAUAGCCCAGAGCAACGUGGAGAAAGUACUAGUUAUCAGCUUAACAAGUUUCACUGUAGCUUUGAGGAAGCAAAAAAGUACUGUCUUGCCCAGGGAGCAUACCUUGACACAUGGAACAAGGAAGUUCAAGAUCUCAUCUGGGACUUUCUGGAAGAUGGGAAGAGGUAGUGGAUUGGGCAACACUUAAUGCUGUUGAGGAAACAUCAACAAAGCAACUCAGCGGAAGAUUCUGAAGAGAGAAACCCUGUUGGACACCUGUUUUCUGCCACGAUUGUAGAAAAGUUCACACAAGAUCAUCUAUGGCUCUCAGUUGUAACUCGGCCUCCCUGGAACCAGUUUGCAAGGGUCCAGCAGCUCAGUUGCUGCAUGACCCUGCUUCUCUGCAACAUGGUCAUCAAUGUCAUGUUCUGGAAGAUGAAUGGCACCCCUGCCAAAAGAGACGAGCAAGUGGUCUCUGAAAACCACCAUCAUUUCUGCUGUUACCUGCUCAGAGUUGUGCAGAGGCUUCAAACUCAUUUGGACCACCAGGUAUCACGGGUUCAACCACCUUGUGACUUCCUCAGUGCAGCCACUCAGCUGCAGAAACUCCAGGAAAUCUUGGAAGCACACAUUGUUCCCAUGAAACAAGGACCCUCCAGGGAAGUGACCAGUGUCCCCAUCUUGAUUUCAGAAGAGGAGAAGCCCCUCUCUACUGGCCUGCAAAGAUGGCUGGCUUAUGUCUGCUGGCUCUUUCUGGGUGUCCCUAGUCUGGCCUCAGCCUUUUUGACAGAACGUUACAGUCUGGAAUUGAACAGAGAUCAAGCCACCAGCUGGGUUAUCUCCUUGGCAUUAUCAGUAUUCCAGAACAUCUUCAUCAGCCAGCCAGUAAAGGUGAUCUGCCUCACAUUCUUACUCUCACUGAUGCUGAGCAAGAUGCCAUGGCUUAACAAAGAAAAGGAAUAACAAAUGAAGAGAAUCUUGGCACUCGAAUUUACUUUGGAUACUUUGGAUCUGUAUCUGGCAAAGUGUUCUUCAUCAUUACCUGGUACAAGAGAUAAGAGCAACUCUAUCUACAUAGCCCCAUCUAGAACUAGCCCAGUGAGGCCUCCAGAAGAAACAUUGAAAGAGUUGAAACUCUUCAAGCUGACUGGAGAUAUACUAGUGCAAAUCUUCUUUCUAAUCUUACUGAUGACUGAGAUCUAUUCCACAAAGAACUCAGAUGGAUAUCACCUCCAUUAAGUUAUCCAGAAGACCUUUUCUCAUUGUUUCUCAGAGAUCAAACAGCUUCCAGAUUUCUACUGCUGGACCAACUACACCCUCCUUCCUAACCUGUAUGGAGAUUACAGGGGUAAGGACACCAUCCUGGGAUCUAGUGCCACCUGCACUGCGGUAAGGCUGCACAGUUUAACUUCCCUUCAGCGAUCACAGAGCAGCUUUGCCUGGUCUGUCAUCUCUCAAGUCAUCUAUUAUCUACUAGUAGUAACUGUGGUGUCUGUUUACAGUCAUUGGCUGCAACAGCAGAGAUGGAGGUUCUUCUGUAGGAAAAGAAACAUUCUGGACACGAGCAUGAUCCUCAUGAGCUUUGUCGUCCUGGGGCUUGACAUGAAAUGUGUUUCUCUCCAUAAGAAAAACUUGGCACAAUACCACCAUGAUCGGGAUGGGUUCAUCAGUUUCUAUGAAGCAGUACAAAUGAGCUCUGCCGUCAUCCACCUCCUGGGCUUCCUGGUUCUAUUGGCAACUGUUCAGCUGUGGAGCCUGCUGCGUCAUGACCCCAGGCUUCAGGUCAUUGGCAGUGCACUAAGCAAAGCCUGGGACGAGGUGGUGGGAUUUUUGCUGACCAUUCUGCUCCUGCUGACAGGCUAUGCCAUGGCUUUUAACUUGCUGUUUGGAUGGAUCAUCUCUGACUACAGAACCUUUGUCAGUUCUACAGUGACUGUUGUUGGGAUCCUGAUGGGAAUCUCUCAUCACAAGGAUGUUAUUGCUUUAGACCCGGUCCUGGGCUCUUUUCUGAUCUUUACUGGCGUCAUCUCGAUGGUACUUGUCGUCAUUAACCUUUUUGUUUCUGCCAUCCUAAUGGCCUUUGGAAAAGAAAGGAAGUCUCUUAAGAUUAAGAAGCUGCACUGA